AUGGGGAACCAGCCCUUUUCAAAUCGUGAACCACGGUCCACGGACUACCGCCGGCGCGAUCCCGAGGGCCAGCCGGCUCGCGCUUUCAUUGGCUGUGGGGCACUGUCCGUCUUGAGGCUGGCCACGCCCUCCAUGGGAAGCGGAUCCCCGGAGCCUCAGCCGGACCUCAUUGGCCUGCGGCGCCGCCACUCGACGAGACGCGCCUCAACCCGGAAGUGUGCGAGGCGAAAUCUGCCUAGCAACCGGGGAAGCCGGGCUGCGAAGCGGCGCCCCGGCGCGCGCACGCGCAUCCCCGCCACCCGAGCGCGCUCCGCGCCGCCCGCGCAGUCGCUCGGUCGGUCGUCCGUCGUCCUGUCGCCGUCGCCGCCGCGGGCGCCACCUGAGGGAGCCGCCGCCGCGGGACCCGAGCUGAUCGGACCGGACCCCGCCUCCCGAGGCCACCCGGGGCCCAGCAGCCCGCCCGCAGAGGCGCCGAGCAACUUCGCCUUGCCCCGCCCCCACAGUAAGGCCCCGCCCCUCAGCCUUCUGUCCCCGCCCAGCCGGGCGCGGGCGGGCGGCGUCGCCUUUAAGAGCUCCCCGGUGUUUUGGGGGCCGCGGGCCGGGCGCGCUGACCUGGUGCGCAUGUCCCGGGCGGUGACGCCGGCGCCGGGCUCCAUGUGUGCGGCCGAGGGGCGCAUUAUCUGGCCGGCGGCGCGGGCGGGCGGGCGGACCGGCGGAGCGAGCGCCGCGGGCCCGGGCGGCCCCACAGGCGGAGCGAGCACGCGCGGCCCGGCGCCCCCGGCCCCUCCGCCGCCCGGCCCCGCAGGCGACCCCGGCCCCACGGCCCCACGAACCCGCGCGCUUCCCUAG